AUGUACUAUUACAAAAUUGCAGCUUUUGUUUUCUCAUUUCUUAUCCACAUCUGUCUUUCAGUAUCAGAUAGAUACUUGGAGGUAUAUUUACAAUGUAAUGGGAGCACUGUGAAAGAAAAAUUAUUCAUUAACGAGCAUUUUGGCAAGGAUGUACCUUUUUUUAAGAAAGUUUCUCGUUGUACUUCUGAAAUUGAUCAUGUAAAAGUAAUCAUUCCGGAAUCUAACAGCAUAGCAAUUUCCAAACUUACUUCAAAUAUCGUACUUUUUAUUAGAAUGAGUAAUGAUAAAAUAAUAGGUAUAAAUAUGGUUGAAAGCGAGAAUGUUGAAGACAGUAAAUAUCUGUUUCAACGAGUCAAAAUAACCAAUAUAAAUGCAAUAUCUGACGUUAAUCCUGAAAUUUCGGUUACUAAGGAAACUGAAAGCCAAAAGAUGACUGAAACCCAACCAUCAUUUUUAAGAAAAUAUUGGUGGCUGAUUGCAAUUGGAUUUAUUUCUUAUUCAAUAUUGACUACAGAUCAACGUUUAAUUGAACCCAUUGAAGGCAACUUAGUUAAUGAACAAAUAAAUGAAGUCAAAACCAAUAGAAGGAUACAUAAAAAAAAAGUGUGA